GACAGCUCGCUCGUUGUAUAACAGCUCUCUGGUGGACCAAGACUUGACUCAAACGAAAAGAAAAAGCACCCCAGCACUGCAGCAACCAACUCACGAACUUUGACAGUUUACGGACCAGAUCUCCAUCACCGCCCUUUUCGAGUUGACUGCUUCGCAAUUUGCGAAACAAACAAACGUUUUCUCACUGCCAAAUGGACUUCCGGCUAUCCAAAUUGUGCGUUGUGCAAAGUGGUGCUUGGCCAUCUGCUGAGCCAUCGCCGCCACAAAAGUCUCACUGACGACUGCUUCAGAGACUCGCUUUUGAGCCAAUCGGCAAGCGAAUCAAGUCGGACCAUUUGUCCCGCUCCUCUCGCUCAUUUGUGUAUCGGGCGAUCGUAGAAGCCAGGUGCUCAAGAGAACAGCAGUAUCCUCUCUCGUUCGCGUCUUCUCUACCUCGCAACCCCCUCGCCUCGAACACUCGCCGAGUCGCCACGACAGGAACAACAAUAGGUGGAGGCAUCGCCAUCAUGGAGGAACGAGGCGGUGCUAGCGGCAUGGCUUACGUCGGAGGACUGGGCAAUGUAGCCAAAGUGCUGCUGCUGCUACUUAACAUGGCGUUCAUGGUAGCUGGCUGUCUGCUGGUGUACUUCAGCCAUCGUGUCAAGACAUCAGGCUGGUUGGACGCCUUCCAGGGCGAUUACGAGUGGAUCGGUACAUCCACGCUCAUCUUGACGCUCGUAUUGGGAGCCGUGGUCAUCGCACUGGCGGCACUCGGUUGCUUCGGCGCGUUGAUGCAACAGAAGCUGCUACUGACUAUCUACGGCAUCGUGCUAGUCCUCACGGCUAUUCUCUUCGUCGUGGUGGCUGUGGGUGCGCAUAUGGCCAACUCCAAGGCCGACGACUGGAGCAGCCAGGACUACCCCGCUACCGACAACGAGGCGUCGCUUGGAACCAACUUUAACAGACUUUACUGUUACGCACAGGUGCCGUAUUACUGCCAAGACGCGUCGGUCAACACAGUUCUCGAGAUGUUCAAUGUCUCGCUCGCGGGUUACUUCACAGACACCACAACCAACUUCACGAACGUCUGCGCGACAGUGACUCUGGCAGCUAUCAACGACAUCUGCGCCGUGUGUGACUUGGUCUCUCAAUACGACGAAUACUCGGUGGUUCUCGACUGGACAGAGGCCUCUUGUCCGCGUACAAGCGCCAAUCAGAUCUGGUGUGGAGGCUUCUUGCUCAAUGCUACAGCUGCAGACGACAUGUCCACGAGUGCCCCGUUCAUGGAGUGCCGCGGUGUUUUCUACGACCUGGUGGAGAAGUGGACCAAUGUCAUUAUGGUAGCCAGUAUCAUCUGUAUCAUUGCAGCUGUAAUGGUGCUAGCCAUGACUGGUGUACUAUGGAAGAAUGUGCGUGUUGCACGGCAGGAGAAGGCCAUGCCUCCAGCUCCAGCGCCAAUGUACCAGUACGCGGACCAGAAUCCGGGAUAUUCCCAGCGCAGCGAGGCUCAAAACAGCAACAACUUCAGUAUGGUCUCCACUGCGCCUUAUGCGGCCAACGCCAACACCGCCCACCGACGAUACGACUCGCCUUACUAGGAGCACAACUCGUGUCCAUGAACAUAUCUAAUGCCUCUUUUUGUUCAAAAUGGUCUUGUGUGG